CGGCCCGGGCCGGCGCGGCGAGCGGCGCGGCGGAUGGAGAGUCUGGCCGCGGCCGGCGGCGCCGCCUCCUCGUCGGGCCGGGCACGGCGGGCCGGGGCCUUUGUGUGAGGCGGCGGUGGCGAUGGUGCUCGGGCCCCGCGGAGCCGGGUGAACCGUGCUGAUACAGAGGCAACUUCACAGGAGCUGCUAAGAUGGGCAUGAGGAUCAAACUGCAAAGCACCAACCACCCCAACAACCUGCUGAAGGAACUCAACAAGUGCCGGCUCUCGGAGACCAUGUGCGAUGUCACCAUUGUGGUGGGGAGCCGCUCCUUCCCGGCCCACAAAGCCGUGCUGGCCUGUGCAGCUGGCUAUUUCCAGAACCUCUUCCUGAACACUGGGCUCGAUGCCGCCAGGACCUACGUGGUGGACUUCAUCACCCCUGCCAACUUUGAGAAGAUUCUGAGCUUUGUCUACACAUCAGAGCUCUUCACAGACCUGAUCAAUGUUGGGGUCAUCUACGAGGUGGCCGAGCGCCUGGGUAUGGAGGAUCUCCUUCGGGCCUGCCACUCCACCUUUCCUGACCUGGAGAGCACGGCCGUGGCCAAGCCCCUGACCGGCGCCAGUGAGAGCCACUCUGGCGCCCAGAGUUGUAGCUCGGCAGAACCUACCUAUCCCCUUGGAGACCUCCGGGCUGGUGGGGAGCACUUCGGUCCUGAUAGGAACUACGUGUUACCUAGUGAUGCUGGAGGAAGCUGUAAAGACGAAGAGAGAAAUGUUACCGGUGACACUAACCAUAGCCUGCCUCUGCCACAGCAGCCACUGCCGCCAAAGACAGAAGACCAUGAUGCUCCUGCUCCUUUCACUUCCGUCCCCAGGAUGGCGACUCCACCAGGCCUAGGCACUGUCAGCAUGGGCAUCCAAACCAGCACCAGCUGCUGCCAGCCAUACAAAGUUCAGAGCAAUGGAGACUUCAGUAAAAACAGUUUCUUCACCACUGACAAUGCAAUUGACAUGACCACUGGGACCAACUCCUGUCUGAGCAAUAGCGACCACUCCAAAGAUCCAGGCUUUGGGCAGAUGGAUGAGCUCCAGCUGGAGGACCUGGGGGAUGGUGACUUGCCAUUUGAAGACCCCACUGAGGAGACAGGCACGGCCGAGGAGGUGAUCGAGUUGAGUGACGACAGUGAGGAUGAGCUGACUUUUGGAGAGAGUGACAGCCGAGAGAAUAAGGCCAUGCCCUGCCAGGUGUGCAAGAAAGUUCUAGAGCCCAACAUUCAGCUGAUCCGACAGCAUGCUCGGGACCACGUGGACCUGCUGACAGGCAACUGCAAGGUCUGUGAGACCCACUUCCAGGACCGAAACUCCCGGGUGACCCACGUCCUGUCCCACAUUGGUAUUUUCCUCUUCUCCUGCGACAUGUGUGAAACUAAAUUCUUUACGCAGUGGCAGCUGACCCUCCACCGACGGGAUGGGAUAUUUGAGAACAACAUUAUUGUCCACCCCAACGAUCCCCUGUCUGGGAAGCUGGGUUUGUUUUCAGGGACAGCCUCCGCGGAGUUGAAAUGCGCUGCCUGUGGGAAGGCACUGGCCAAAGAUUUCCACGUGGUCCGGGGGCACAUCCUGGACCAUCUAAACCUGAAGGGCCAGGCCUGUAGCGUCUGUGACCAGCGCCACCUCAACCUCUGCAGCCUCAUGUGGCACACGCUGUCCCAUCUCGGCAUUUCAGUCUUCUCCUGCUCUGUCUGUGCGAACAGCUUUGUGGACUGGCAUCUCCUAGAGAAGCACAUGGCCGUGCACCAAAGCCUGGAAGACGCCCUCUUCCGCUGCCACUUGUGCAGCCAGAGCUUUAAGUCGGAGGCCGCCUAUCGCUACCAUGUCAGCCAGCACAAGUGCAACAGUGGCCUUGACGCCCGGCCUGGCUUUGGGCUGCAGCACCCAGCUCUCCAGAAGCGGAAGCUGCCCGCGGAGGAGUUCCUGAGUGAGGAGCUGGCUCUGCAGGGCCAAGCUGGGAACAGCAAGUAUAGCUGCAAGGUCUGUGGCAAAAGGUUCGCCCACACAAGCGAGUUCAACUACCACCGGCGGAUCCACACGGGCGAGAAGCCGUACCAGUGUAAGGUGUGCCACAAGUUUUUCCGAGGCCGCUCGACCAUCAAGUGCCACCUGAAGACGCACUCGGGGGCCCUCAUGUACCGCUGCACGGUCUGUGGCCACUACAGCUCCACCCUUAACCUCAUGAGCAAGCACGUUGGCGUGCACAAAGGCAGCCUCCCGCCCGACUUCACCAUCGAACAGACCUUCAUGUACAUUAUCCAUUCCAAAGAGGCAGAAAAGAACCCGGACAGCUGACUGGGUCCCAGCGGAGCUAGGGGGAGCUCCCAGGCGGCAGCCAGGACGUUGAUUUUCUAGUGGCUGUUGGUCCCUCUCCAGCCGGAGUUUCAGUUUGGCCUUGCUAGGAAUUCUGUUCUGUCCUGUGUUUAAAGAAGAAAAGAAGAAGAAAGAGCACACGAGCUGUUACUGUAUUUGAGAAGCGACGGCCCUAUCAUGUUUACCUCCUUACCUGUUCUUGCCCAGGAAGGGCUGUGUUUUUUGAUUCUUUUGAGGCCGGUUUGGGCAUCUGGUCAGGCAGUUGGCGUCAACUAGAUCCCCUCUCCGAGCCUCUCAAGUUUUAGUUUACUGAUAGGUUUUAUGCUGCUAACAAUCCAACCAACGGCCUCACUGAAUAGAGGAGGUGGAGAGAGGGCUUUUCACUGUGGGUGUUAGUACCAGAUUUCCAACUGGGACGCCCAGCUGUGAGAGAGAUUUUGGAAAUGUGGUCGUUCAGAAAAGACUAGUCAGCAGGGCAGCUCACCUCAGGUUCCCGGCCCAGCCCUCAGCAGGGAAAAGGCAGAUGGGAUGGAGGUGCCUGCUUGUUGCGACACUCUAAUCUGCUGAUGGGACAGUAAAAUCUUUUGGCAGCUAGAUCCAAACUGGGGACAAAGCUUUCUAUUUAGGUCAGAACGCUUUGGGAUGAAUCCUUGCCAGUCAGAAGAGGUGGCCUGCGGUGCCGCCAGAAGUGGCAGCCGGGAUGGACAGGAAGGGAGGUUUCUCCUUUCUCCUCAAUUCCAAAGAAAUACGGUUUUAUGGAGUUAUAGCCCAGGUUGCUAGGCCUUCCCUGUGGGGUAAAGAGGACAAGGAGCCACUUUGAUACAGUCACCUGUCAUCUGGCGGCCUCCGUCGAGCUUGAGUUUCCUGGUGGAGAGGUGGGGAUGUCUCUGACAGCAGCAGCCUUGCCUUAAUUUACAUCCAGUCUCCCACCUAGAAGUGUGUUUGACCUGUGGUGUAGAUGAGAAGACCCCAUGAGGUGGCAGAGUGAUGGACUGUGAGCCCUUCAGGAUUGAAGGGACCUGGGUAACGUGGUGUGUAGCGGGAUGUGCGCUCUGUCUGUCCCAGUCGGGUAACCCAUUGUUUACUUUGUACACUAACUGGCCGGGAGCCUUGGCAGCUCACCUUUGACCUGCUGGAAUUUAUCCUGAUCUGUCAUUGCAUUGCCACCAGGGGGCGCUAUUGGAGGGCAGCUGGUUUAGGCCCUCCCUGGGUGGCUGUGAUGGAGUCUGCCCAGUCCUUGGGGCUGGUUGGCUCCGUUCUGUGGCUUUUGAGGGGUUUCUGCCCAAAGAAGUCUUGAGGGAGAGGGCCCUCGGAUCUCGCAUAUUCACAAGGUAGCACCUCAGUAACUCAUACUACCUCACCCUGCUCAGGCGAGCUCUGGGAGUCCCUGGCCGAGGCCCUGACACUGCCCUUGGUGGGACUCAGCCGCACCCCGGGCUGUUUCACAAGCAAGUGGUUUUAAUUCACUCACAGAGCCUUUUUGGACAAUAAUAUUUAUUUAUUUUUGCUUUUAUAUACAUAUUAUCCAGCAUCUCUUUUGGAUUAGUGACUUCAGGAAAAUGAGUUUCUCUCCAGCAAGUAGCCAUAUUCCAGGGGACAAUCCUGGCCAGAGAUUUGGGAAACAGGGGCUAGAAUAGGGGAGAAGGUGUCAAGCCUUUAAACAAGCAAAUUCUUUUCUUUCUCUCCACAUGGUCUCUUGCAUUACCCUUUAGAUAAUGGAUGUAAGUUCUAGAAAUUUGGGGCCUAUUAAAUUCCUAGGCCUUUUAUCCCUCUUCCUUCCUGUGAUUGAGUAGAUUGGGGAUUGUGUUGAGGGUAACAAGUUAUAUGAAGGACCUUUUUGCACAUUUUCUCAUCCUUCCUAAACUUGGGAAGCUAUGUUAACAUAUACAGGCAAGCCAAAGCUCCGUCCUUGUUGGACUUGCUGUCUCUCUCCCUAGCCCUAAGUUGCUAAAGCCUCCCAGUUAGGGUGCAUGACUCUCUGGUCGGGUGACUGUUACACAAAGAGAUUUGUACAGUGGCCACUUUUCACCAUCUAAACCCAACUUGUUACCUGUUGCCUCAGGUCAUUCUUGUCAGGAGAGCAGUGCUGAGACUUUUUUUUUUUUUUUUUUUUAAGUUUAUUUAUUUUGAGAGAGUACAGUACAAGCAGGGGAGGGGCAGCGAGAGGGAGAGACAGAAUCCCAAGCAGUCUCCAUGCUGUCGGCACAGAGCCCAAGGCGGGGCUCAAACCCACGAACCGGAAGAUCGUGACCGGAGCUGAGAGCAAGAGCCGGACGCUCAACUGACUGAGCCACCCAGGUGCCCCAGUGCUGAGAUUUUUCACCCCUGGUUGGCUUCUCCCUUUCUUCCUCAUGCUGACCAUUAGAAAUUUAAGGAGAACGUGCAAAAGGCUACCGUCUAGUGUCUGCUAAGCUUUUCAAGCCUGGGUAAUUCCCAGACUGUUGAUGAGGACUGAUUUUUGAAUGGUCAGAUUUGAGAGAGGUGGUACUUACUGGAACCCAGCCAGGUAGCUGAGAAUGGAUCAGUGUGCUGGAGAAACCCUUUUCCUUAACGGAGGGCAUUGUGGAUGCUGGGUAGUCUGUAUACUUAACCUGAAACUGUGAAGUUUUCCCUUUUUGCCAGUAAA